UCAAUGCGUUUGUUGAGCAAUGGAUUUUUUUUUUCUCUCCGACGCAACUACUCGCACAAAGGUCUUUCCGUUUAUAAACGGAUUAUAACUAUGCAGAAGUCUGUGAAACUUUCUAACAUUGAUCCGAGGUUUCAUUUACACAGAUCUUAAAGUGCCAAUAUUUAUUUUAGCGAUGCCUAGUUUCCAUUUUUUCUACCAGAAAAACUGUGCGAGUGCGCGCGUGCAAUCUUACGUCACAGACAACGGAAAAUGUGUUUAGGGAAUAAGGAGUCAAACAUGGAUUUUUCGUAAAACUUCGAUUCUGUGGUGAUCGCUUAGGUCUGCUGAAAUGGCUUAUUUCAGCGUUGCACCGACAUUGUGUGAAGUGACGUAUGACUCCACCAAGGAUGAUAAAGUGACGCCGUACCGUUAUCAGUGUCGUUCCGCAAACUCACGUGCGACAAACGGGAUAACGUCCCCGUCAUUCACAGAAAUCGUUAACGUCAGUCUACCCAGUGGAUACAAUGUGUCUUAUUACGAAUAUUUACGCACCUUAUAUGACUCUAGAAUUUCUAGUCCCACGAAAAAUUUAGGUCAAUAUGCAUCAGGAACAAGCCCUGGUCCAGGUCACUAUUCAGCAAGAUCCUUUCAUCCCCCGACAGGGAAUAAUUUCCCCAUCAACUCCCCAAUCUUUGAGAGCCGACCCAAGACAGCGGGACCGUUCAUCCAUGCUGACAAUCUCCAUCCCUCUCUGCCAUCUAUUCACCCUGGAUUCUAUCACUCGACCACCUGGGGGGACGAGGAGGACUUGGGCUCUGGGGAGGGGUCCAGAAAUUCAGAGGAAAGGCUCAAGUGGAUUGAUGCUCUUAACAAAUGGAUUCCAGAACAGAAUCAGUCCAAAGCUGGUUACUUAAGCUUUGUAGGCAAUGCUCCUAUGGUGGACAAAUUGUUAAGAGAGCAUGCAGCAGCACAGAAAAAUCGUGGCUUUCUGUCACAUGAUCAGCAUCAACAUUGCGAACGAUUUGAGCAGCAUAUGUUAAGUCUGAAACUCCAGAAUCAAUCGAAACACCAAAAUCCUGAGCAUGCUUUUGCUCGGAGGUUGAUGACAUUAAAGAAGAGGGAAGCCUUAAGAAGGAGGAAUGCAGAAAUGUUGGAGUUACGGAAACAAGCGAGAGAAACCUCAUCUCCUCACUCGCCAGUGUCAGACAGACGGUUAAAAGUCAGGUUCAGGACACCCUCUUUGUCACCUAAGAAAACCAUUACUGUUCCAAAAAAUAGAGAUCUCAUUUCCAUCCCCAAAGAAUCAUGGGGAGCCGAAAAACCAGAGAGUGACCUUGACUCCUCAAGACUCGAUGGAAGCUCAGAGGCGGACUCGCAACUCAAACAGGCAUUAGAGGAUGAGCAGGAACUCAAGGAAUCUGAGUCUGAUCACAGUAAGAAGGGAGACUCCCCUGAUGGUGCAGAAAAGUCACCUUCCCAUCAUAGCUCCAACUCACUUCCUCCUGUUUUCAUGGAAACAACAGACAAAGAUGGAGAUGAUGAAGUAUUUGAGGAAGCUAAGUUGCCAACACCUCAACCAGAAACACCUCAACCAGAAAUAGAACCAGAAAACAUGUCGCCUGUGCAAUCUCCUGUUGAAAUAGCAUCAGUUAAGUCACCAGUUGAAGAAGAACCUGUUGAAAAUGAACCUACUGAAAAUGAACCCAUUGAACCUCUGGUUCCACCUAUACCUUCUCCAGAAUCUGAAUCAGAAACUGACAGAGUCCCAAGUAACAAGCUGAGCGUGUCAAAGGUUAAAUCAGUGAUGCAAACAGAAAAGAAAGGCAGCAAACCAAAGACGAAAGUAGUCACCAAAACCAGCAGCCGGAAACCUAAAAAUAGCAAAGGAGACUCAGUAAAAAAGAAAUCUGUCAAUAAGGGACCUACUCCUAGCUCUUCUAUUCCAAAUACUCCACGGCUGCCUGGAAUAUCCCAGCUGGAACUAGGGGGAGAAGAUGAAGAGGAUGAAGGUCAGGAAACCGAGAGAAAGGAAUCCCCAGUGUCUAUUCCUACAAUAGGUGACACCAAGACAGGGCCUCUAUCACUUAUAGCUGGAUCAGAAAGUCAGAGGAAGGAACCAGUCAAAAAGACCAGGAAAGAGGGAAUUACCCUGCCUCGGUCUUUGCCCAAACCGGUUGUACAACCAAAGAUGCCCAAAGAACCAGAAACUCAGAUAAGUACCUCUGAUGCACAGUCAAGGAGGAGACAAUCUUUGGCCAGAAACCUUAACCUAGAGAAGAAGAGGGCCCCCAAACCUCCUUCUCCACCCCCUAGACCCCCCACCCCUCCUACUCCAGAUUUACCAGAGUUACCCUCAGUGCCGGAACUACCCACAGAUAUUGCAAGUUCUUUACCCCAAGUAAAGUUUGAAGAGCCCCCACUGCCAGAUGCAUCUUUACCCUCCAAGAGCCCCUCUCCAACAAAAAACAAAAACUGGUUAUCCUCACCCAUAAAGUUACAACAGAAACUGAACAAUAGGCGCAAAUCCUUCAAAAAAGACACAUCCUACGAAGAUGAGCUUCGUAGACAGGAAAUGCUAGAAAGGAGAAGGCAAAAGCAGAUGGAGCUGUUAGAAAAAAUGAAAUCGAGGCAGGGUCAAGUGGAGGUCGAUGUUGAAUAUAUUGAUGGGGUACCAAGUUUUGAUGAUUAUGGAUUCCUAGCAAAGUACUGUAUUUUCAAUAGAGGAAACUUGGAAAUGUACAAAAGGACAUUUGAUGUGGUGGAUGAUGAAGGUAAAGGAUGGUUGAAUGGAAUUGAAGCCAUGAUAGCAUUAAGGGGAGUUAACAACCGACUGACCAUGCAGGAAGAAGAAUAUUUAUACAGAAUAUUGGAGAUUGCUGGCUACAACAUUUCUAAAGGUGCUGACUUCAAACUUUUUUCAGUGCUGGCUGCUCUGUCACACAGGAUUUCUGCUGUAGAUGAUUGGAUGAAACUUCUUAUAGACACAAUGGAUUUCAGAAUGUUAGAAAUGAAAACAUUCAUUUGCAAAACACUUUGGGAGUGCAAUGUGGACAAAGAAACCAACCGAAUAUCAAUAGAUCAAUUAUGCAUCGAGCUCAGAGCUGGUGGAGUGAGCGAAAAACACGAAAGAGAGGUGCGAGAAAAACUCUCUCAUCUUAAAUCACUUGACCUACUUGAUUUCCUGACUUAUGUCCCCUUAUUUAUUAUGAUACACCAAUCUGUAGUAGACAAUCCACUAAAUGAUGUCAGAGACAAAUAGUACUAAAUGUAUCUGUGCCCCAGAUGUUUGGUGCUACUUUACAUGGGAAUUGACUCAUGGAUUCUUGACAUAUUGGACAAGCUGGACAAUCCUAAGUGCUACAUGUACUGAUCCUUUAAAACUGCAAUGUUGACUGCAAUUGCAAUGUCAUUUCAGUAUUUAUGAAAGAUUUCAUGUGAAUGCAAUGGAUCCACUUUUUGGUGUAAAUUGUAGGACUACCGAAAUUCUUAUAUUAAGAACACAUGACUGAAUCUGUGAUAUUGAAUGUUUUUUAUGUAAAAGUUCUUAGGGUAAAAGUGUAGACAUUAUAAUACAUUUCUCUAGGUUUUUUAAAUUUAGAAAUUUUCUCAUCUUUCUAUUUCCAAGCAGAGAAUCUAUUUAUCAUAAUUACCUAAAUGAUGUCACUUUAAACUCCCCUUUUGCUUUAUAGGAACAACUGUAUACUUUUUUUAAGUGACCAAACUAAGCAAAUAAAGGUCUUUUGAUGUAUGCAUGACUAUUAGGCAAAUAUUCAAAAAUAGGUGAAUAUUUACAAGUAGAGAAAAAAUAUAAGUAAAAGGACCUUCUAGUCUACACAUAGAAUGGCGUU